AGGUGGGGAGGGGGCAAACGGCGAGCCCACUAUUUUUAUGCUGAAAUCAAAAGUAAUAAUCGAAAAACUCGUAAACAAAAACAACGCCGAAUCUCUGGUAAGCAAUACGAGCACUAUCGGCGUUUGUUAUUUUCAAAUAUUCGCCGAGUACUUUAGACUUUGAUUUGUGAUUUUGGUUAUACAACGUUUCAAUCCGUUCGGACCAUUAACUAAAGCUUGCAGUUGUUCGUGUACAAUGUCAGAUAGGAUAAAUAUCGACGCGCCCCUAUGGGACCAGAGCACGUUUGUGGGGCGCUUCAAGCAUUUCCUAUGGGUGACAGAUCCCAGGAGUUGUUUGGUAAGCGACGAAACAUUAGAUAAAGCCAAAGAGCUCCUGGAGCAUUACCGGAAAGGUGUGGAGCCCAAAGGAACGACCCAGGAACAGGUCAUAUACGCGAAAAAGCUUUACGAGAGCGCUUUUCACCCAGACAGUGGCGAAAAGCAAAAUGUUUUUGGUCGAAUGACGUUCCAAGUACCAGGCGGUAUGGCCAUAACUGGAGCUAUGUUGCAAUGGUAUCGAACGCCCUUCGCGGUAGUCUUUUGGCAAUGGGUGAAUCAAUCCUUUAACGCUUUGGUGAAUUACACCAACCGCAAUGCGAAAUCGCCCACAACAACAACCCAACUAAUAGUGGCGUAUGUAACGGCCACUUCUUCCGCAAUGGGUACCGCUUUAGGUUGCAAAUACUACUGGCAGAGGAAAGCUAGCCCUUUCAUGCAACGCUACGUCCCUUUCGCGGCCGUCGCGGCCGCCAAUUGCGUUAACAUCCCUUUAAUGCGACAGAACGAGAUACUUUACGGCAUAGACUGUUCAGAUGAGCACGGUAGAGUGGUUGGUCAGUCGAAAUUCGCCGCGGUAAAGGCCAUUAGUCAGGUGGUAAUUUCGAGGAUCACAAUGUGCGCCCCCGGCAUGCUAAUACUGCCCGUCAUAAUGGAACGGGCGGAAAAGUACUCGUGGAUGCAGAAAAUUAAGGUUCUGCAUGGUCCCAUACAGGUUAUGGCUGUGGGCUGUUUUUUAACAUUCAUGGUACCCGCCGCAUGCGCCCUCUUCCCUCAACGUUGUUCCGUUAAAUUGAGCACACUGUCCCUGCUCGAACCGUCGGCCUACGAGAAAAUCAAGCAAAACUGCGGCGAUAAAGUGCCGGAAAGGGUUUACUUCAACAAAGGCCUUUGAAGGGCAUGCGCUAUGCCCGUUCGAGACAAUAACAUUAGUUUACACUUAGCCGGUUAUCGCUUUCAAUGGGAAAGUAUACGUAAAAAAAAUCAAGACUCGUCGCAGUGAGUUGUGAUGAAUUAAUGUGAUCUUUUAUUUAUUUGUACUUAAGCAUUAACUUGUUCUCGAAUUAGUCGAAAAAGGAGUUUUUUGUUGCAGCAAUAUUUAUUUCAGGGGUACUCGACGUUUUUAUCAGGUUGUUAAGUGUUAAUCCCGUCUUGGAGCAAUAAAUUGUUAACUGUUUUUUUCGUCAGGAUGACUGGAAUGUGUCCAACAAAAAGCCUGUUUUAUGGGUUUCAUUUCAGUUUAAAUACACUUUAUAUUAAAGAAUUGUUUGCC